GCGCGCCCCCGGGAGGCGGGCCGGGCAGCGCGCGGGACAUGGAGGAGCGGGGCGGCCGCGCCGGCGGCUUCAGAAAGGACACCGUGGAUCGGCUUCUCCGCCUCCAUUUCCGGGACGGGAAGACCCGAGUUAACGCCGACGCGCAGCUGCUGAUGGCCGAGCUGCUCAAGGUCUUCGUCCGAGAAGCGGCGGCGCGGGCAGCUCGGCAGGCUCAGGCAGAGGACCUGGAGAAGGUGGAUACGGAGCAGCUGGAGAAGGUGUUGCCACAGCUGCUUCUGGAUUUCUAGAAGCCUCCUGGAGCACAUCACCUAUCCCCAGAGAGUCCUGACCUGACACGUGUCUUCAGCCUCAUAGAUGCUCUGGGACGAACAGUCUCAACUUUUUCUUCCUCUGCCAUUUUGUUUCUGUUUCCUCUCUCCUUUACCAAACACAGCCCAAAGCAGCGAUGCUGUCAGAUACAAUUUUUGAGAAGAGGCUGCCACAGGCUUGUUUGGUUGAGCUGACUGCAUAAGUGGUUUCCAUCUUGCUGCCUUUCUCCUGUAUAUCACAGCAUGGUAAGAAGCCAUUGCUUUCUCAGCGAACAGGAGAAAGAGGUGCUGCUUCACAGAGAUGCAUGGAAAGACUUAAUGGCUGGAACUACCAUCCAGCCUUCAGGCCCUCAUUGCCUCAAGCAGGCAGCUGUAACAGCAACUCCAGGUGCAGCUCCAAGCCUUUCUAAUGAAUAGGUCAUUAACAAGAGCUUAGUCACAGGCUCUUGCCAAGAGCAGGUAACUGAUCUUUAUUUUAUAAAUAAACAGUGUCUGUCCCUAGCUGCCUUCUAAUAUUUCUCCAGAGCUGCGACAUCAAAGAAUGCUUGAAACCUUUUAACCAUUCAAUAUUCUCCUCAGAGGCUGCUCCCCCUCUGCUGUAAAUUUGUUCUCACAAAGAAACAUCAGUAAGUUAGAAACAAGUCUCCCUUCCUUGUGUAGGCUCUUUGCUGCAAUUCAUCAUCAAAAGUCAAGUGGCUUCAAAGACUUGCAGAGUUUCCCCCUUACCCACCCUCUUCCCUAAAUCUUUGUAGGACGAAAGGAAAAAAGGACAAAAUAACAAACAGCAUGUGUGAGAAUCCCACAUCACGAGACAGCCUGGCCCCUCUGGCAGCAGGGGGGCCACUGUGAAAUAAGAAACCUUAUACAUGUGGGCAGGACCCACACAACCCGAGUGGCUUUGCUGGGAAAGGCACGGCUGGCUGCACUGAGCCUGGGGCCUGCCCAUCCUGCUGCUGGCUCGCUGCAGGAGCAGCAACAGUGAGCAGUCCUUUCUCAGAACAGCUGUGACAGGCAGAGCCUCGGUAGGUUGCUGUGCACUCUGAGCUAGGAGCUAUUGGGGUCAUCCCUCAGCACACCAACCACUUGGAAACCUCACAAAAACUGUAGUUUUAGUACACAUUCUGGUGACAGUACCAGUUUAAGCAGUCCCCAGCCCUCAGCACUGCAGCUUCUCAGUACAGCUGUACAAUACAUGCAGUGAAGGAACUGACCUACUUCAGCCUUCAGCCCCAAAACCAAUGGUAAAAAAAAAACAACACAAGUGAUACUACCUUUCAUUAUUGUGAUUAAACUGGGUUUGAGGCACGGCUGAGUUACACAAGGGACAGGCAUAGGCAGAACUGCCCGAGGGAACACAGUCAACAAUGUAAAGCCCCUACACUUAACCCACGAAACUGCCCCACGAAUACUGAUACUGCUGCUUGUGUCCCUAAAGUUGUUUUCCCAGGCACUUGCAGCAGAUGCUUAUGGUGCUAGCCCUUUACAAAAGCUGACAUAAUUAAAACAGCUAAGCAAAUCAGUUAAGCAGAUUGUACUAUUUGGUGUCACUUAUGCUCUUCAAAAUAAAAGGACUAGCACAUCUGAAGGCACACUGCAGCUUCCCCCCAGCCACACAGCUUCUGCAUAUUCUAAUCCUGGAAACCAAGAACAGCAGUACAAGUAUUUCACCACCUAUCAUUAGCAAUGGCUCCUGGUUUCCCCAGAGGAUAUCCUGUAUUCAUUCAGCAAGGCAGCUCUAGCUACUGUCUACUUCUGAUGUGUGUGACAUGAACAAGGCUGAUACAGCACCUGAACCAAGAGACCAACAGUCCUACACAGUGUAGGCUCAGCUCAUGCUUCAUCAACUAAAGAGUAAUAAAGUUUAAACAUGAUUUGA